GUCCGGGGCUGAUGGGCGUUGUAGUCCAGCCGCGCGGCCGGGAAGGCGAUGGCGCCGCUGAGGAUCCGCUGCGUCGUCUCGUUCUCCUCGCAGGACCCCAAAUACCCCGUGGAGAACCUCUUGCUGGAAGAAAGGGCUCAGCCCUGGCUCUGCUGCCCCUUGGACCGCAGCCGGCAGCUGAGAGCCGAGUUGCAGCUGGAGCAGGCCGGCUGCAUUGGCUACAUCGACGUAGGGAACUCUGGCUCUGCCUUCCUGCAGAUCGAGGUGGGCCGGUCCUCCUGGCCUCCAGAUCAGCAUUAUCUCACCCUGCUUCCAACCACCACUUUGAUGAUGCCAGCGGAUGCCAAGCAGGACAGGAACCGUUCCGGGGUCCGGAUGUUUAAAGAAGGGGACUUGCUGGCAUCUGCGCUGGCGGAGAAGUGGGAUCGCGUCCGCCUCACUUGCAGCCAGCCCUUCAACAGGCACGCCCAGUUUGGCCUCGCCUUCAUCCACAUCCGCACCCCAGAGGAUUCGGAGGAGCGCCGGGGGGAUCCCGCAGCCCCCUCCCCAUGUCAGGCUUCUCCGGAGUCGGCCCCCAAGCUUGGGGUCUUCAGGGGGACCCUUUCCCCAGCAGAGCCAUCGUGCAGCACCCAGGAGGAGACGCUGCUCAAGAGCCAGUUGCAGCAGCUGGACUGCGCCCUCCUUGGCAAGGGGCUGAGCCCGUCUGGCCUGAGUCGCCCAGCCCGUCUGGUCCUGAAGGCAGCAGCCUCUGCCCACAAGCGAGCCCCUCUCCUGCCCGCCGGGUCACCACCGCCUGCUGCAAGGAGCAAAGAGGCUGGGCGGGCCCCGAGGGCAGCCCAGAGCCCCAGGGCCCCAAGGCCCAAAGAGGAGCAACCGGCCAGGAGCAGCCGCUUGAAAACAAAGAGAAGAUCGCAGGGCGGUGCCAGGAGAGCUAGGAAUGGUUCUCGAAGGGAGGGGAGAACCCGCAGCCUGAGAGGGAAACCACCAACCUGGGAAAGUGAGGAAGAGGAAGGAGGAGGAGAAGCUGCGUUGGGCACCUGCCCAAUCUGCACAGGUCGUUUCCCGGCCGAGCUCUUGCCCGUCCAUGCCUCCGCUUGUGGGGAAGAGGUGGAGGUGGCGAGGGCCUCUUCGUCCCCCGUGUGGGGAUCCUGGGUGGAGUGCCCCCUCUGCCAAGACCGGUUCCCUGCCUCCGAGGUGGAGGGUCAUGCCAGCGGCUGUGGGGAAGAAUACGCUUAGUCCUCGGUCCUCUUCCAAAGAGAAGGGCGGAUGGGAGUCCUUUGCAGCCCCAAGACUUCCUGGCUCUCUUGGUCAGACAUCAGAGAAGGGGCUGGGAGACCCUCCCUCAAGGCCUCCGGAGAGAAGAGCCGCGAGAGGACAUGACGGUCGGAGUGGGUGAACCGAUUCCAUAUCUCCUCGGAGGAACAUCCGAGAUGCUGAAACCGGACUCCGGGACCCACAAACCCACAGCCAUUUGCCUCUGAUGCCGCGCCCCUCCUCAAAGCAGAUUGUAGUUACUAAGAGGGAUGGCCUGCAACCUUUCCGUGGGAUUCACUGGAACAUUUCAAACCUCCAGAUAUUGAGGAUUUUUUUAACCUGUCGGCCAAGAAAAUUAUUAUUAUUAUUAUUAUUAUUAUUAUUAUUAUUAUUAUUAUUAUUAUUUGAAGCAGGUAGAAGAGGAUGUGAUUUUGAUUCAAGAGCCUUUGGGUUUCCGUGGGGUGGGUGGAGAGGAAGAAUUGGUCAGCUGUGAUGAAGCUCAGAAGCUGGACUGGCAUGGAGGCCACGGGGUGGGGUCUCCCUGGAAGGGGUGCCUCAAGGCUACUGACCUUCAGCUUAAGGCCACCCAGGCUUUGCCGCAUUCAGGGUGGAGAUUUCUCCUUGCCCUCUGAACAGGCUUCGGGCAGAUUGUCCAAAAAUUCCUAGCUGGUAUCUAGCUGGAACGUGACAAGGCAGGUUUUCAAACUGGAAAAAAAAAAGUUGCUUUCCUGGAACAGUUUGGCUUGAUUCCUUUUACGUGUGUGUAACAUGCUUGAAAUACAAACUCCAAAAGAAGGGGAGCAGGAGAGAGAGAGAGAGAGAUGUAAUUUUAUUGAAGAAAUGUAUAAGUGUUUGUUUUUUGUCUUUUUAACGCACAUUUUUUUAAAAAAUGUUUUUGUCUAAUAAUGUUUUACCUAUUUUUUAAUCCUUUUCUUGGAGUUUGUAUUUUAACUUUCUGAAUAAAAUAAGAUUUGUAGGGAAGAAAAGGAAGAAAUGUAUAACAAGAUAACAUUACAAAGAGAAGGAAUGAUCCAGAAGAAAUGAGAAGGAAUAAUGAAUAAGAAAGAAAAUAGAAGAAAUAGAAAACAAAAAAAAGAAAAGAUUAUAUAGAAAGUGCCUUCCAAUCUUUUUGACAAAGGUUAUAUAAAUGCAUUUAUAUAUAAAGCUAUAUCUUAAUUUCUUUCCUUCCUACCCUUUCUAAUCUACAAGGCCAUAAACUGCAAGUUCAUUUUUCUCUUUUUAUUCAGAAAAAUGUCUGUGGGGGUUUCCAGUCACAUAAAUGUACUUGAUCUUCCUCUAAUCAAAUCAGUUUUGUCCUCUC